UGAAGACCGAAGCAUUGCAUAAUAUCAAAAGUAGAAUAAAAACAAUUAAAAAGCAAGCUCCCUUUGCAUUUGAAUGCUUCCUUGUGCUAUAGUUUGAUAAUUCUUUUGUGUUCGAAGACCAGACCUUGAAGAAGAAAGGUCUUGAAGUCUCUCCCUCAUACCAACACGAGAACCAUCUAAUAGAGAAAUUGGCUUUAACUCUUAGAACAAAACAUGUCGGAUCCACUCUAUAUAUUUAAUAGGUCUCGUUCCGAGAUAGUAGUUGAAUCUCUCUUAGCUUCAAGCAAUUUCAGAUCUUCAAUGCCCACUCAGCAACAACAGUCCUUGAGAGUCUUUGUGGCGACAUGGAACGUGGGAGGAAAAUCUCCACACUCUGGUCUUAAUCUCGAUGCUCUGCUUCACGUCCACAGUGAAUUCGAUAUAUAUGUUUUAGGAUUUCAGGAGAUUGUUCCAUUGAAUGCUGGAAAUGUCCUUGUUCUGGGAGACAACGAGCCUGCUGCUAAGUGGUUAGCUAUGAUCAAUCAAUCCUUGAACAAAUCAGCAUCUUCUGGAGGAAGACUUGGCCCAAAAACUCCUUCUUUUGGCGCUGGGUCGAUGUUCUUUGCAAAACCUUCUUUGAAGAAGAUCAGUGAAAGUUUCAGAACAGAUUGCAGGAGAAAGCUGAAGAUCUGUAACUGCAGCACUAUCUCUGAAGAGAUUGUAAGAAAAUACGGGAGAGAAUCUUGUUUCAGAUGUCCCGAAGGUCUAGUUAACCAAUCCGGUGUAAUAUCUGAUGAGGAAGAAGACGAAGAUGAUGAUGACGAUGAUGAUGAAGACGAGGAAGAAGGAGGAGGGGAAAAGGUAGCUUCUCUUGUAAGCAACCAGAUGACGAUGAAGUAUGGCUUGGUGGCAUCAAAACAAAUGGUGGGAAUAUUCCUCACUGUGUGGAUGAGAAAGGAGCUUAUCCAACACGUUUCUCAUCUCAGAAUCUCCUGCGUCACCCGCGGAAUCAUGGGUUGCUUAGGAAACAAGGGAUGCAUAGCUGUGAGUUUGCAGCUAUACAAGACGAGCUUUUGCUUCAUCUGCAGUCAUCUAGCUUCUGGUGAGAGAGAAGGAGACGAACGUCGCAGAAACUCAGAUGUGAUAGAGAUUCUCAAGAACACAACUUUCCCUAGAAUCUGCAGAACUUCUUUCACCCGUGUCCCUGAUCGAAUCACUAAGCACGAUCGGGUCAUCUGGCUUGGAGAUUUGAACUACAGAAUAGCAUUGAGUUACUCAGAGACAAAGACCCUCUUGGAUAGAAACGCUUGGGACGCUCUUCUAAACAAAGAUCAGCUCAAGAUUGAAAGAGACGCAGGAAGAGUGUUCAAAGGAUGGCACGAAGGCAAAAUCUUCUUCGCACCAACUUACAAGUAUUCUUAUAACUCAGAUGCUUACGCAGGAGACACCACCAAAGAGAAGAAGAACAAGAGAAGAACUCCGGCCUGGUGCGAUAGGAUUCUUUGGCACGGUGAUGGAAUACGGCAGCUAACGUACGUGCGCGGCGAGUCACGAUUCUCCGAUCACCGACCGGUCUGCUCCGUGUUCGUCGUCGACGUCGAGGUUUGCGAGAGCAAAACCGGAAUUACUAGAAGACAAUGAUUUACAGCAGCAAUUGUUGAAAAGACGAAAAGCCCUGGGUAGAUAGGAUUGUUAUUACGAUACGGCCACUCGGGACCUUUGGAACCCGAGAGAGUGUUUAUAUUUACGUUAUGUUGUUUAAAAGGUGAACACGAUACCUAUUUUUCGUUAAAAAGUAAUUUGGCCGACCAAACCAAAAAACUCGGCAAGUCUUCCGGUUUGUAUGACAAUGCUAAACUUGCCAAUAACACAUAAAUCAUCCAGCUCUUAAAUUUGUUUGACAA